UAGCUAUAUCGUGUGAUAUUAUUUAUAAUUUCUUUUGUUAUUUUAUUAUACUAAAAUAGUUAUUGAAAAAAGCAAUGCGUCCUUCAUUGAAUUUUGUAUAAUAUUAAUGCUCACAGUUGGACAAUGGAAAAAGUUUUCAUUCAUAAGUAGCCAGUCACCUGAUAACCAGCUGACUUCGGAGAGUCAAGCGGAUUUUUAACUCGUGAUUUCAGUUUACAUUGGUGCUCAGUAACUGGAAUUUUUGUACUGAUUGGCCUGCCUUAAUCCAACUUUGCAAAAAUGCCUGAAGAAGAAAGUAUGGGUAUCCAGCUAAAAUGGGGCAUAGCGGGUGUGGGUAUGAUCGCUCACGACUUCCUCACCGCACUCGAGACAUUGCCGGCUGAGCAGCACAAAGUGGUCGCCAUCGCUGGGAAGGACCUUGAAAGAGUACACAGAUUGGCUACGCUCCACAAAAUCAACACGGCGUACGAAGGCUACCAGGCACUGGCUUGUGACGACUCUAUAGACAUUGUUUUCGUUAGCGUAUUGAAUUUGCAACACUAUGAGAUCACUAAACUAAUGUUGGACAAUGGCAAACACGUCCUAUGCGAGAAACCUAUGGGGAUGACGUACAAACAGACGAAGUCGCUGGUGGACUUGGCUCGGGAGAAGAAGCUCUUCCUCUUAGAAGGCAUGUGGUCACGAUUCUUCCCCGCUUACGAUGCUUUGGACCAGCACAUAGCGUCGGGAGGACUCGGAGACAUCUACCACAUCAGCAUACAGUUCGGAGUCGAAAUUAACGAGAUUGAAAGAAACCUAAUGAAGGACUUGGGGGGAGGAGCAGUCCUAGACCUGGGAGUAUACAUGUUGCAAUUAGUCCAGUUCAUAUACAAGGAACCACCGACAGAUAUCGUCUGUACCGGCCACCUGAGUAAGGCUGGCGUAGACGAGUCCAUAUCAUGUGCCUUGAAGUAUAAAGACGGAAGAACUGCCACGCUCUCAGCCCACACGCGCGCCAAUAUGACAAAUAGAGCUGAAAUUAUUGGCACUAAAGGAUCAAUCGGGCUGGAUUACUUCUGGUGUCCAACAGUGCUGCAUAUAUCGGCAGCAAACAACACAGAGUGGACGCUACCCAAAGGGAAAUAUAAAUUCCACUUCCACAAUAGCGCGGGCCUUAGUUACGAGAUACAAGAAUGCUGGGAUUGUAUAAAUGCCGGUGUUCAAGAGAGUCCGAAAAUGAAUUUAGACGAAAGUGUGCUACUGUCAAAAUUAACCGAUACAAUGAGAGCACAGCUUGGUGUUUUAGAAAAUGGCCUUUGAUAUGGACCACAUAGCAAAUAAGGUUUAUAAAUCAAACAUACUAUGCCAGUAUACAAAAUGUGAUCGUACCACGAAGAAACGAAACUAUAUAGAAUAAUAGGGAUAGCUGCAAAAGUAUUCAAUGAGGCUAUAUUUGCAGAUGCAAUUUAAUUAAAAAAUAUUAUAUACUUAUAGGUAAAAGAUAGACAUCUUAAGAAACAAUCCACCUGAAGUUACGAACAAAGAUACGUUUAACAAUGGAACAAUUUUAUUCCGAUAAAGAUAAUCUAGAACCAUAAAAGAGUGAUAAAUCUGCCUUAAUAGCGUUCUUCAUUAUUAUAGCAAUAAGUACCAGUGUGUGGAAUUAUACAUAAUAAACUGCCUAUAUACGUCCCACUGCUGGGCACAGGCCUCCCCUCAAUCAACCGGAGGGGGUAUGGAGCAUACUCCACCACGCUGCUCCACUGCGGGUUGGUGGAGGUGUUUUUACGGCUAAUAGCCGGGACCAACGGCUUAACGUGCCCUCCGAAGCACGGAAUCAUCUUACUUUUUCGGACAAUCAGGUGAUUCAAGCCUGAAAAGUCCUUACCAAACAAAGGACAGUCUCACAAAGUGAUUUCGACAAUGUCCCCAUCGGGAAUUGAACCCGGACCUCCAGAUCGUGAGCCUAACGCUCUAACCACUAGACCACGGAGGCUGUCAGACCACGGAGGCUGUCGGAAUUGUACAUUGUGAUAUGAAAUUGUUAUUUGAACUUUUAUGACUAGGGAAUACGCACAUUAAUGUUUUAAAUAAUACAGUAUUUUACCUCAACUAACUGUGAUUCCAUGUGUGUUGUGAGAUGGGUGUUGCAAUUUGAAAAUAAACGCCAUAACAUGCUA